AUGCAGGUGAACACCGCAAUGCACGACAGGGACGAAAUGUCGACGACUGGCUACCAGAGGCACGAGGCAGGGCCAGCUAACAAAAGGGGAAAGGCAAGCGCGGAGGACGGCGCAGGGGUGCAGGAGGAGGAUGUAUCCAAGUUACGGGAGGUCCAGCAAGAACGCAAUCCGCUAUACAAACUGGAGGCGUUUGUGAUGCCGGUGCUGUUCACGUUGUUGGCGCUGUAUACGCGGAUGCACAAGAUCGGGGCGAACAACCGAGUAGUGUGGGAUGAAGCGCACUUCGGGAAGUUUGGGUCGUAUUAUCUGCGCCACGAGUUCUACCAUGACGUGCAUCCGCCGCUUGGCAAGAUGCUGGUUGGGCUCUCGGGGUAUAUUGCGGGUUACAACGGAUCGUGGGACUUCCCGUCGGGCGAGGAGUACCCGGAAUACAUCGACUACGUGAAAAUGCGUAUGUUUAACGCGGUAUUCUCUGCUAUGUGCGCUCCAGUUGCAUACUUCACUGGUAAGGCGAUUGGUUUUUCGCUGCCAACGGUUUGGCUGUUCUCGAUUCUGGUUGUAUUUGAAAACUCGUAUGCGACGUUGGGUCGCUUCAUUCUUUUGGAUUCGAUGCUCUUGUUUUUCACUGUAUGCUCUUUCUACACAUUUGUGCUGUUCCACAAUGAGCGCCAUCGGCCGUUUGGGCGGAAGUGGUGGAAGUGGCUGUUCUUCUUAGGCGUCUCGCUUGGCUGCACGAUAUCUGUCAAGAUGGUGGGCUUGUUUAUCAUUUCAGUGGUGGGGAUUUACACUGUGGUUGAUUUGUGGAAUAAGCUUAGCGAGCCCAAUAUGAGCGUGUCGCGCUUUGCUGGUCAUUUCUCUGCUCGCGCUCUCUGUCUCAUCGUGGUCCCAUUCAUGGUCUUUUUGUUUUGCUUUAAGCUUCAUUUUGAAUUUCUGUCCGUCAGCGGUACCGGUGAUGCGAUGAUGCCCUCUCUUUUCCAGGCUGGUUUGUCCGGUUCAAGUGUAGGUAUUGGCCCGCGUGAUAUUGCAGUCGGCAGCUCUCUUGUGUCCAUCAAGAACCAAGCUCUGGGAGGUACGCUAUUGCAUUCUCAUGUACAAACCUAUCCUUCGGGUUCCAGCCAGCAGCAGGUCACAACUUAUGGACACAAUGAUUCCAAUAACAACUGGGUCUUCGAUAGAAUAAGAGGACUUCCAGCAUGGAGCAUAAACGAAACGGAACAUGAAUUUGUGCAAGACGGCCGUCCAUACAGGUUAGUGCAUGCGAACACAGGUCGGAACUUGCACACUCAUCCUAUCCCUGCACCUGUAUCCAAGACACAUUGGGAAGUGUCUGGUUAUGGAGACGCUCAGGUCGGUGAUCCAAAAGACAACUGGAUCAUUGAGUUCGUUAGCCAGCCUAGCGACGAGGACAAGUCUGUUCUACACACCAUAUCCACCUCCUUCCGUAUCAAGAACGUAGAGAUGGGUUGUUACUUGGCGCAAACCGGGCCUUCCUUGCCAGAAUGGGGUUUCAGACAGGGCGAAGUCGCUUGUAUAUCUAACCCAUUCAAGAGAGACAAGAGAACCUGGUGGAAUAUAGAGACAAACGUGAAUGAAAGAUUGCCGCCGAUGCCAGAGGACUUCAAGUAUCCGAAGACUAGCUUUUUCAAAGACUUUGUCCAUUUGAAUUUGGCAAUGAUGGCCACUAACAAUGCCCUUGUUCCCGACCCAGACAAGUUAGACCAGUUGGCUUCGUCUGCAUGGCAAUGGCCCACGCUAAAUGUGGGUAUCAGACUGUGCAGCUGGGCAGAUGAUGUCAGAAAGUACUUCUUGAUAGGUUCUCCUGCGUCCACUUGGCCUUCUACUGCUGCGGUUGGUGUAUUUUGCCUCAUCACGGUUUACUACCUAUUGAAAUGGCAGAGACAAUUGGUCCUAUUCCAGGCCUCCGAUGACGCAAAUAUUUUCCUAAUGGGAGGUAUCUAUCCGCUUUUGGGCUGGGGUUUGCACUAUCUGCCUUUCGCUGUGAUGGGUAGAGUCACUUAUGUUCACCACUACCUACCUGCGCUGUACUUUGCUUUAUUGAUCUUGGCAUACGUGUUUGAAGCAAGCCUCAGAGCUGCAAGGCAGAGCCAGAAGUCCUACUGGAAGAUUUUGGUUUACGUCGUCUACGCGGUUUAUUACUGCACUAUCAUUUGUGGUUUUUACUAUUUCUACCCUAUCACCGUCGGGAUGGAAGGUCCAUCAUCUAACUACAAGCACCUGAACUGGUUGAAAACCUGGAGCAUCGCUUGA